UGCUGUAUGGAGAAAAAAAAAAAAAAAACAGGUGGCUGAGCCUGACACCGUCUCAGGUCCUUCCACCUCAAGGGAAGGGUGCAUAUUCAGUGCUUCCUUCACUCAGUGUACGCAGGGGAAUGUGAGCCCUGAGUGACAGACGAGCCGCUGAGUCGCUCAAGCCCGCCCCUCUCCUUCGCCCUCAUCUUGAGCUCUCGACCUAGUACCGGAUAUUUUAUUUGAAAAUUAGGUGUUCUGAAAAUAUACGUGCUGUGCAUAAUAGGGUAGGACGUUGUCGUGGCAGCUUCCGCUUUACAAACGUUUUUUAUUUUUUAUUAUUGAACUAAAUUCUCAGCUCACUAGCUUAUCCUUCACGAACGACCAGUGUCAGUCCACCAGUUAGCGAGCUGAGCUGCACGUUCGGACGUGUUUCAGUACAGAAAUGCAGCACGUGAAGUAACACCGACACUUGUUUUACUGUUUGUUAAGAAAAAUUAAUCCACGUGGUCGCAGAGCUCUGUGGUCAUAGGGUCGGCUCGAGCAGCGUCAGACGCAUGAGGGUUCUACGUACACAGACUGAUAGCCAAUAGUAGUUUAUAUGCAAAUCAGGUUCAAAGCUGUCCCGGGGAAUCACAGUUUCGCGCCUAGAGCAUCCUCUUGGCCUGUAUCAGGGGUAACGCCUCUGUUAUUUUGUAUGUGCGUCAUUAAUUGAGACCAUUUUGAUCAUAUAGAGACGGAUACGGCUCGUUAUAUAUUGUACAGGCGGUAAAAAUGAUAAGUUGGCAGAGUGACAGCAGUCCAGUCAACGGGACAAGAUGAGAAAAGGGCUUUUGUCGCUCCCAGAGGGCUCGGUCGAUAAUAACGCCGUGGGUUCGCAGGCAACAGGGACCCUCUGCGCUUCGCCCUGUCCGAGGAGGGUAAAAGCCGACGAGACGACAGACGGGCUAAAGUACUCUACACCCACGGGACGCUCAACGAGCGGGUCAUGGCAGAAAUGUAAGAGCGAACGAGCCCAGGCAAAGAGAAGGCUGGAGCUGUCAGUCGGUGACCCCCAGGACCUUCAGGAUGGUGGCAGGACUGCCAAGGCCAAGAAGCCCAUGGCCUCUCUGUCCCACACAGGAGAAAAGACUCCCGCCCCCUGUCCCAUAACAUGCACUUCCUUGUACGAGAAGACACGCUAUGACACCUCGCUUGGCCUCCUGACGCGGAGGUUUGCAGAGCUGCUGAGCCGCUCCUCCAAUGGGGUGUUGGACCUAAACGUAGUUGCCCAGGAGCUCAAUGCCCCUAAGAGGCGGGUCUACGAUGUCACCAACGUCCUUGAGGGGAUCCAACUCAUUAAAAAGAAGUCUAAAAACAAUGUUGAAUGGUUGGGUGGUCGAGUGAAUGUACAAAUAGGUCAAGAGCUGAGGGCUCUCAUUGAGGAGGAGAAGAGGCUGGACGAGUUGAUCCAAAGCUGUAGGCGGCAGGUUCACCAGAUGUGUGAGGACCAUCAAAGUCAGAGAUUUGCAUAUUUGACAUAUGAGGAUGUUCAAAGGAUCCCCAGUCUUAAAGAACAGACUGUGAUUGUGAUCAAAGCCCCCGCAGAGACAAAACUGGAGGUCCCACAUCCAGAAGAGAGCCUCCAAGUCCAUCUUAGCAGCACCCGGGGGCCCAUUGAGGCAUUCCUUUGCUCUGAUGACAUCCCUGUGGAAGCCACAGACGCCUCUUUGGCCGAUGGGAAAGACUCCGUCCCCCUCUUGCCUUACUCGUCCUUUGUCCAGGUGUCUUCCAAAGACGAUGCUAACAAUACUUCCAGAAUCAAUAGUAUCUACAACCCGCUGUCCGAUUCAACACAACAUUCAUCACCGGUCACUGUCACCCCCGUCUCCCCCAUGCCCACCUCCCUCACCUCCCUCCAACCCCCCUCUGAAGACCAACAGAGUUUUGUCACCCUCACUCCACCCCUGGCCUUCUCUCUUGAUGGGGAGGAGUACCUCCUGAGCCUGGCUGAGAAUGAGGGCAUCACUGACCUCUUCUCCUCUGUUGACCUGGACCAAUUGCCCCUGGAUAUGCCCCUCCUCUGAACAGCAUCUUUGGAAGUUAAAUCAUUUUUGAAGGAAUCCGUAUCUUCACACAAACAGGAUAUCAUGGGGAAAUCAAAUAAAAGAACAAAGCGCUGCUCUGAA